UGUUUCAAAUUGAAGAGCGAGCGUGAAGGAGCCCCUUCUUCAUCGUUGCUCUCCGAAGAAAAAGCUCUCACUAAACCCACAAGCUCCCUCAAAUGGAUGUUCCAAAGGAUCAGAUCGCUACUCUAAUGGAGCACGGCCUCUACGAUUCCGCCGAAAUGCUCGGCUGCUUCCUCGUUUCGUCCUCUACUGUUAGCGCCGAAGCUAGCCCUCAUCUCAAGGCCGAGACUUUGAUUCUACUUGGAGAUGCUCUGUUUCAUCAGAGAGAGUACCGUAGAGCUAUUCAUACGUACAAGCAAGCGUUGCAUCACUGUGCAAGAGUUCCGAAGCAAAGCUCUGGUAUUUCGAGGAGUUCGUUGUCUUUGUCUACUAGAUCGUCUGUGAAUGCUUCUAGUGUCUCUGCUAUUAAUGAGAACGAGGUGAGAUUCAAGAUUGCUUCAUCUCACUUUGCUCUUAGUGAAACCAAAGCUGCCAUCGCUGAGAUGGAGUCUGUCAAGACAAGGAGCUUGGAGAUGAAUAUAUUGAUGGCGAAGCUUCAUCGAAAUUCUGGAUAUAACCGUGGUGCUAUUGCUUUUUAUAAAGAGUGUUUAAGGCAAUGUCCUUAUGUACUCGAAGCCAUCAUAGGAUUAGCUGAACUUGGAGCCACUGCAAAGGAUAUCAUAUCAGCUUUUACUCAGACUUCAAGUAGAAGUGCAAAAGUUUCGCUCGAUCAGAUUGAUCCUACCCGUUGGUUGCAGCGAUAUGUCGAGGCCCAGUGUUGUGUUGCUUCACAUGCUUACAAAGGGGCGCUGGAACUCUUUGCUGAACUUUUACAACGGUUUCCAAAUAACGUACACUUGUUGACUGAGACGGCAAAGGUAGAAGCCAUUAUUGGGAAAAAUGAUGAGGCCAUAAUGAGAUUUGAGAAGGUUCGAUCAAUUGAUCCUUACACACUUACCUGUAUGGAUGAGUAUGCGAUGCUGCUACAGAUGAAGUGCGACUAUUCCAGGCUAAACAAGCUCGUCCACGAUUUAUUAAGCAUUGAUCAUACAAGAGCAGAAGUAUUUGUAGCUUUGUCUGUACUAUGGGAAAGGAAAGAUCCAAGGACAGCAUUAUCUUAUGCUGAAAAGAGUAUCAGGGUAGAUGAGAGGCACAUACCCGGCUACAUAGUGAAGGGAAACUUCCUUUUACUAGCAAAACGACCAGAAGCUGCAGCGAUUGCCUUCAGGGCUGCCCAGAAUCUGAGGUCUGAUCUUCGUUCAUAUCAAGGAUUAGUCCAUUCUUAUUUGGCAUUUGGCAAAACCAAAGAAGCGUUGUAUACCGCUAGAGAAGCAAUGAAUGCAAUGCCUCAGUCUGCAAAGGCUCUUAAAUUAGUUGGUGAUGUUCAUGCUAAUACAUCAAGUGGCAGGGAAAAGGCGAAAAAGUUCUAUGAGUCAGCUCUGAGGCUAGAACCAGGGUACCUUGGAGCAGCCAUAGCUCUAGCUGACCUUCAUCUAAUGGAAGGGAGGAACGGAGAUGCUGUAUCACUACUUGAACGGUAUCUAAAAGACUGGGCUGAUGAAUCUCUCCAUGUCAAGCUAGCUCAAGUGUUUGCUGCAACGAAUAUGCUUCAAGAUUCUUUAUCACACUAUCAAGCUGCAUUAAGGAUAAAUCCACAGAAUGAGGCAGCCAAAAAGGGACUAGAUCGCCUGGAGAAACAGAUGAAGGGAAUAGACCCAGAUGCAGCGGAUGAGAAUGACGAGAACGAUGUUGAAGAUGUUGAUGGAGACACUGAAGAAGCAGAGCUCAUGUGAAGACGUUCUCAGUAUCCCCUUAUCUUAUGAAAGUGUAGUAGAACGCAGAUGUCACAAGUUCACAAUACAAUUUCAUUUCCUCUCUACAAAGUGUAAUAGAAACAAAGUUUUCAUUUUUGUGUUCAUAAUGGGACAAGACACAAAGAUCACUGUUGACUCUCUACAAGUAUGUCUGACUCCAAGAACAAAAAUUUUAAAAUAAUAUUAGUAAUCUAAUAUAAUAUGUUUGACA